AUGUUUUCUGCUCUUCGCGCGCGGUCAUCUUUUUUCUUUCCCUUUCAUUUCUCUUCCGGACUCAGCUUUGACAGUCGUGAGUCAAACAGCUCAUUGGUGAUUCUAAUCGUAAAUCCACAUUUUCCUUUCCCUCCUCCAACUAUAAACACGACAGAAAUCUCACGGAUGCGUCAGCUUCGAUAUGGAAUCGCUCAGAGGCGCAUUCCAUAUCGAAGAGCGGAUGCAUCAAGUCGCGCUUUCUUCAAGCUGCGGCCAACUUCCACGGACCAACUCGUUUCAACAACGGGUUUGUCCGUAUUCCAUCUUUUCUUCAACUCUAGAGAGACGUGCAAAGGACCGCUCUUUCCAACGAUUCUUAUGGAUCGAAAGUAUUUUGCAGCCUUCUUCUUGCUUGCAAGGACAUGCUGUAGGGAAAGUCCCCGGACACAUCUGUUCAAGAAGAAGACCAAGGCGGGUGCAUCGCUAGUCUAA